AUGAAGUUGAAAUUACUGCAUGAUGUUGAUUCCAAGUCAAUGACACAGUCAGCUAUCGCCAAAAAAUAUGGUGUCGCCAAAAGCACUGUGUCCACAAUCAUAAAAAAGCGGUCGCAAAUUGAAUUUGCCUGCAACAGUUCAAUCUACCAUCCAGAGAGGAAACGAAUGCGCACGGGGAGAGCCGAAAAUGUAGAAGAAGCCCUCUUCUCGUGGUUCAAACAAGCCCAAGCGAUGAAUGCACCAAUAUCAGGUGAAAUACUGAUGAAUGUUGCCAACCAGCUGGCCGAAGAAAUGAAGGUUGAGUUCACUCCCCGCACUGGAUGGCUUGAUAGAUUCAAGAAACGGAGGGGAAUCACUUGUAAGACUGCUUCUCGUGAAGCAGGCUCAGUGACAGCUGAACAGACUGAUACCUGGUUGUCAUCAACGCUACCAGCUCUCCUCUUGGAAUACAGCCGGGAAGACAUCUACAACUGUGAUGAAACCGGGCUCUACUACAAGUGCCUUCCCGACAAGACUCUGGCACUGAAGGGCGAAACAUGCUCAGGGGGAGAAAAGGCCAAGCAUCGGCUCACAGUACUCGUGGCCGCCAACAUGAGUGGCACGGAUAAACUUCCCCUUCUAGUGAUAGGGAAAGCCUCGAAGCCCCGCUGCUUCAAGAAUGUCAACACCCUGCCUCUAGACUACACUGCCAACAAAAAAUCCUGGAUGACGGGGGCUGUUUUUGAAAAGUGGCUGCGAAAAAUGGACAGAAAGUUUCACAGCCAAGGCCAUCAAACACUGAUGGUUGUUGACAAUUGUCCUGCGCAUCCUCAGGUUGACAACUUGAAAGCAAUAAAACUUGUUUUUCUGCCACUGAAGGCAACAAGCAAGCUUCAAUCUUGCGAUCAGGGAAUCAUUCAGUCCUUAAAACGACACUAUCGGCGGCAGCUUCUGCAGAAGUACAUUCUGUAUUUGCAAACUGCAGGCAAGGUACGGGACAUCGAUGCUUUUGACAUCAGUGUUCUGGAGGCCCUGUACAUGCUACAGACUGCUUGGACCAAUGUGUCUGAGUCAACAGUGUCCAACUGUUUUCGUCACGCCGGAUUCAAGACACAAGAGGCCCGAGAUGUUGAGAAAACACCUGAGGAACUGGCAGAUCAGACUGAUUUUCUCAGCCUCUUUGAACGUCUGCAAAACCUCAUCCCCAUGGAAGAGACAGCCCAGGCUUUCUGCGAUAUAGACAGCGCUGUUAUUGUGUGUGAGGAGGAGGCCACCAUUCAGGGGAUUUCCAAUGCAGUCAACAAUGAACACGAUGACCACGAUGACUCAGGACAAGAGGAGGAAGAGGCCGAGGGUGAAGAAGAACAGCCAACAAAAAAACCAAAGACGGCAUCCGAGGUGAGGGCUGCAGUGACAAUACUGCAAGAAUUUGCCCUAGAACAAGGCAAUGACAAUUUGAUAGACCUUGUUUGCUCCAUAGACAACACAGUGACCAGUCACCUCGUCAAUCGUAAAUCGCAGACACAGACAAAAAUUGAUCAAUUCUUUCAAAAGAAGAACUGA